AUGGCUGCAGCGGGUGGCGAGGGGCUGGCACAGACCCCACUGCUGCGGGUGGGCACUGCCCUGGCCCUGCUCGGCCUCCUGGUCUACCUGGGCGCCCUGUGUGCUGCCUGCAGACGCAAGAGCAGGAAGAAGAAGGUCCCUCCAGACGGGGUGAAGCUGGUGGACGAGUCCCUGCUCCGACAGACGCAGCUGCGCUCGCUCAGCAAAUCCGACACGAAGCUGCACGAGCUGUACCGGGUGAAGGCCAGGGACGACACCCAGCGACCGGCCAGCCUGGAUUUCCCCUGCCCCGCGGCCCCCGCUGCCGCCCCCGCCGCCAGCUCCGGUACCAGCGUCCUCCUGCACCGGGAGCUGCCCCGCAUCCCCGUCCCCGAGCCCCCGGCCCCCGAGCAGACCUACUCCAACCUGCUCUUCCCGCCGCUGCGGAAACCGGUGCCCGACAGUGUCUACGAGUGCCUGGCGGUGGGGGGGGAGGAUGCCCCGCUGCCCCCCACCCCCGCUGUCACCCAGCUGUCCCCUCCACGUGCGGGGCACGGAGCGGCCGAUUACGCCUGUGUCCGCAAGGUGAAGAAGACGGUGCCGGCGGAGGCGCAGGACGGGGCGGCGGCGGGAGCUCCCGCAGCCCCGCCGUGCUGGGACGGGGCGGGCUAUGCCCCCCGCGCCAAGCUGGAAGACAUGUACUCCACAGUGUGCAAGGCCACCAAGAAGAAAAGCCAGGUCCCCACGAGGGAGGUGGGUGCUGGGUGGCCACCCAGCUGCCGAGAGGAGGGUGCCCCAGCCAGCUGCUGGUCCCCAGAAGCCCAAGCCCCCCCAGACCCCUGCUACGAGUCCAUCAGUGACAGAGCCUGGACUGCUCAGUGCCGCGGCCCCGACCCGGACUACGAGGCUGUGGGCAUGAGCUGGAAGAAGGUGGAGAGGCGGGAGAAGCCCGGGAAGCCCAGAGCCCCCGAGAACCUCUAUGAAAGCGUUGGUGACAUUUGGGCAGGGGGGUCCCAUCGAGCCUCCACCAGGACGGUGGCCAAUGGCCUGGAGGUUUACAUCACCAACCUAUAG